CCUCUGAGUCCCGAUUUCCACCUAUUCCGCGAUCCACAAAUCCGAAACACUCACAUACUCCAACCAACUUCAAGUUAUUCUUUCAUCCAAAAAACCAAAACCCUAACCUAAAAAUUCCGAAACGUCGAGGAGAGGGGAAAAUUCUGUGCUUUUUUGUAAAUUUCACACACGAAAUCUUGUCCGCGCCAUCCAUUCAAUACAUAUCUCCCAAAAACGUCCAGUUUAGUGUUAAUUCGAUCCAACUGUGUAAUUUCUGCCCGUGUCCGUUCUCCGCUAACUCGGUUAAUUCAAAAUACACACACAGCGAUUUUAGUAUUGUGCGUUCGCUUCCACAAUUUUUUUUCUUCCCAUCCAUCAUAUCAUGGUGCCGCCGCCGUCGUCGCCGUACAUCAAAGCAAAGCAAAGUGUGAUGGGCAAGUUGAAAACGAUUUGUGUUGUGGGCCGUGUGCGACAGUGAUUUUCUCGCGGCAAGUGAUGGACGAGAAACGAAUGAGAAAACGCGUGAAAAUCGAAUUCGGUUGCUUCGAAAGCAUCGUGGCGCCGUGGAAUCGAUCCUGUCGCGGUGCACGGUAGAUCUCGGGUGUCGCGAGACAUGGCUGCGGUGCGAAAAAUGCCUGAAAAUGACGACAGAACUGAAAAGAACUACAAAUAAUAAUUAUGCGAACACAUGUGAGACUCAAGUCAGAUCGUGAUAUAACGUGACACGAACUAUAAUGUAUAAUGCACUUGGAUAAAUAGGAAUCAAAACGGAAAGUCAUAUUCCAACAAUAGUUGUAAUUCUUAGAAAUAUUCUUCUUAAACCGCCGGUAAAGAAUUCAAACGAAGCAAGGGCAAUAAAUAAGUAAACCCAAGAGAAGAUAAUCAAAAUUUACAAAAGCUGUUAUGUUUAAAAGUUGAAUGGCGUUGUUAAUUUUACUAAUUAAAACUAAACAAUAAUAUUUUUAUUUAUAAAAAUAAUAAUUAGACGUAAUUUAACCUUGAAACGACCUCCAUAAAUUUUAUUCUCGUUGUUCGCUCAGUUUUUAUUUUGUAUAUUACACCUUUCCGUUGAUAGUUACGUGUAAAGUGUCUAGCAUGGAUUAGAGAGAAUCUUUUUAGAGGCGUGUAAUUUCAAUUAUAGUCCAAUGAAAUUGAUUAGAUUAAAAUUUGGCGUGUAUUAUGUUCUUCAAAACAAUGGCCUUGUCAUAUGCCUUCCGAUGAUUUUAUAAACUCUUCAUUGUUUCCACGACUAUAUAGUUAAUUUGAAACCCUAAUUGUGUAAUAAAAUUGUUUUUUUAAAUAUCGUACGUCCAGAACAUGGUAUACAUAAAUAAUUACUUAAUUCAUUAAUAAAUCACAUAAAAUAUGUGAUAUGAUUGCCAGUAAUGAGGAUUAAUAAUAUUUAAUUGCAAUAAAAAUAUUGACAAUGAACAAUCAAUAAUUGGAUAUUACUCGUUGUAAAGAAUAAAAACGAUUUAAGCAGUGACUAUGAAUCAUAAAUUCACUAAGGCAAAGGAUAAAAUAAAAAUUGAAUAAGUAAUCAGGAAAAAGGACAAACACGUCGCUUUCAAACAAAAAGCAGAGGAGCAGGACUGCAUCCAGUUGGCAUGAGCCAUACUCCAAAAUAUUCUGACGAUGAAUGUAGUGGACCUCGGCCACGAGUCCCAGGUGGAGAAAGUCGCAUUACAAAGAUGACUGAAGGAGCGCCAGAAUGUUCAAAAGGCUCGAAACGAUCAUAUUUGAAUUGGGCUAUUACAUUAAGCAACCUCCUGGAAGAUCAAGAUGGCGUGGAACUAUUCGAGAAGUACGUCGAAGAAGAAGCGCCACAAUACAACGAUUACUUGAAAUUCUACUUCGCAUGCGAAGGCCUUAAAAUUCGUACAGAUCCGAAAGAAAUUCAAGAUAUCAUACAUGCAAUAUAUCGAAUGCUUCGAAAGUCAUCGAUAUCAAUGUCAGUGGAACUGAAAACCACAAUAAAGAAUGCAAAACAAAAUGGUAUCACACUUAGUCAAAAUAUUUACGAUCCACUACAAAAGUGUGCUGAGCAUACAAUACGUGAAAAAAUCUACCCGAAUUUCCUACGAUCCGACAUGUACAUACAAUAUAUUCAGCAGAUGUCGGCUUUGCACGAUCGUCUCGAACCCUGUGGGUCAGCGGAUUCGAUGCAAGUCGGGGAUGUCGGACAGCCAUAUGGUACUCGAAGCGCUGGGGCACUGUACGGACCAUCAGUUUCAGCAAGUUCAAGUGGGUCUGGAAGCGCGACCGAUACACUACCGAAAAGUUCAACGCUUCCAACUUUACACGAGGACACAGAACUAGCCACCUGUAAUGAGUUCGAUAAUCUGCAGCUAUCCGGUGGAAUGCCUAUGCGAUUAACGCGCGAUUUACUUUUGAGAACACAAGCCCGUCGUCUGGACGUUCGGCCAGCUGGUGCCCACGGUUAUGUGUACACAGCUACCACCUCAUACAAUCCAAAUUCACGUGUUGAUUCGGAACGACAGAGUUGUAGUUCGGGAGGACGAACUGACACUGAAUCGAUAGGUCCCGGUUCAUCAAUAGAUGGCCGCCCCUACGUGGACAAAAGACAUAGUGCCAGUGAAUGCAGAGCUAUGAAGCAGAAUGCCCUCGCAAAUAAGGAAAUGAAUACCGCACAGCAUAUACCCCGAACGGAACGGUUUUCCAGUGAACACCGUCCUCUAACUGGUGAAGAUUUAAUGAAAGUAUUAAUUCCGAAACUAGAAGAACUCCGCCGAAUGCAAGAAUUGGAAACAAAAUUUCAGACUGAUCCUUUCUCCAACCAGAGCAACGAACGUGCCCUAGCUGACGCGAUACGAAAACGAUUUCCCCUUGACGAUGAUAACGAUCAAGAUAUCCUAGAUCAGCAUGUGUCGCGAGUAUGGAAUGAUUUAACACCCCAUCGAUCGCCGGGAACGAAAUCACCAUGUCCUCCACUUCCUUCUAGACGGCGAACGACCGCCCACGAUCCAGGCGUUAUGUUCGGUGCAGAUGGUGCAAGUUAUUUAGGUACUCAACCAAUAAGGCAUUCAAAAUCAAUGCCGGAGCAUAGUUCCUCAUCAAGGAAGCUUACGAACAAAUGGCCUUCCAUGAACACCGACAGUGGAAUUAGUUUAGUUUCAUCCGAUCUAGUAAAGUACAAAGAUUCUAGUUAUAGGUCUGGAUCAGCAACUCAAUUCGAAGAGAUUAAGCGGAAACCGGAGGAUGAGGUGCGCCGUUCAAGGCGCUACACCCAACAUCAACAAGCAACGCAAUUGCCAACUCAGUCAAUAAGCAGCAGUAGUAGUGCUGAAUGUUCAAUAAGCACAUCACUUCCGCCACCCCCAUCGCUUCCAGCUGGCCCCACUGAAGCGACAACCGUCGUUUUCACCUUUUGCGACGAACAGGUGCCCUAUCGAAUUCGGAUACCAAACAAUCAACCAACUCUCAAACAAUUCAAGGAUUUCUUACCCAAAAAGGGUAAAUUUAGGUAUUUCUUCAAAACGUACUGUGAAGAUCCCGAUAAUCCAGUGAUCCAAGAGGAGAUAGUUAAUGACUCUGACGUUUUGCCUUUAUUCGAAGGCAAAGUUAGCGGUACUGUGAAGCCAUCCGAUUAGCUCUUAAUGUAAAUCAAGUAGGAAUAGGUGAAUAAAAGAAAAAACAAAACCUCCGUUCGAUUAUAAAAUAAGUUAACUUUUUUAUUUUGUAGUUAGUUUUUUUGUUUUUAUUUUCUUUUUUAUUUAAAGAAAAUUUAAAGAUAAAAGUCUAUUUUAAUGCACAUGACGCCAAUCACGCUUCAACGAAGCCGGCAGUGUAUGUUGGCGACGAAAUAAAGUUUCGGUUUUCAUCGGUACUGUUUUAAAUUGAUUCAAUUUAAGAAUUUAAACACAGAAAUAAUGUAGAAUAAAACAUACAAAAAAGGACUGCCUGCAAUAAAAAGUUUAAGUCAAAAGAAAGUAUAAAACACACAAUAAAACAAAGAAAAUUGAUGGACUUAAUGUAAAUGUAUAGCAAUUGAGAGAUAAGUUUUAGUAUUUAUUGUAAGCUUGAGUUCAAAUGAAAAGAAUUUGGCAGUAGGUGUAAACAAUAGAAUCUUAUUUUUCGAAUUUGCUAAAGUAUAGGGCAAACGUAUAGUUUUAGUUGAAGGUGAAGCGAUAACAACUAAUGAGACCGGAAAUGAUGUGAAUUGUGAGAGAGUGUACUCAGUUUUGCAUUCCAAUAGUUGUUCGCUCGUAGACGAUGUUUAGAAUACAGAAAGCCAUUAGAGCUUCUAGUUGCUAAAGCAUUUGAUUAGCUUCAGGAGUGGUUGCAAGCCGGUAACCACGUAUGCGUGCCAUUCUUUUCGCGUUACCAGUUUGACGAUUUGAAAUUUUCCGAGUACAAUCACUAGCCGUCAAUAGUCUUCAAAAAAGGCAGCUUACUCUCUUAGUUGGUUUAAAAAUCAAUAAUACAGACUCAAAUUGAAUGGAUGUCUCCGUUUGCAUCGUUUCCAGCUCAAUAGGGAACUUACAACUCACAUUUUUGCCUAAUUUCCAUUUUUACCCAAACUCUGGCCUAACCAUCAUCAUCCCGGCAGCUGAAAUUAAGCUAAAUCUGAAAGAAAUAACGAAACGUUUUCGUCCCCGGUCUAGUUUUCAUCCGGUUUGCAUUGCAUACGAUCACGAAUAACAAACAAUUUGAACUAAAGCGCAUCUAGAGAAAGCACUAAACGACAAAAUACUUGCCGAAACGAUUUAAUUUAAUUAAUAACACUUUUAGUCGAAAUUAGUGGAAAAUCUUAUUUUCAUCGGUUUAUUUUUUCUAUUGUCAAUCGAUUUUUCAACUUAUUUAUAAUAAUCCCAAAAAACAUCAACAGACCAGCAUUUGUAAAUAUUCAAACGACAUAGACAUCCAUACACAACACAUAAUAUGUACAUAACGACAGUGAAACAAAAAACGACAACAUACAUCAAUAAAACAAGAAAGAAACAAUGAAUUGCUCUGAUUUAAGAUUUUCACAAAUUAAUAUUAGAUUACGAUACAAGUCAUUAUUACAACAAUGGUUAUAUUUAUAUAUAAAUGAAUAGGAAACUGGAAAAUAAGAAAUGUAUUUUACCAGGUGCAAACAGUGCCUUCAAUCACACAUUCAAGAAGAAAAGAAAAAAUGGGAAAAAAAAUGUAAAAUGUAAACGAAAAUAUUUAAUAGAAAAGAAUAUAAUACAAAAAAAAAAUAAAUAAAAAUUUAAAAUUGU